AUGGGAACAAUAACGAUGUUGUUUUUCUUCUUAUUGUUUCGUGUGGUUCUUAGUUAUACUGACGAAUCGAUCAAUUUACUUGUUCAUUCAAAAGCCAUGUUGAAUAAUAAUCGUUAUUGUAUUGAACUUGCUAAAUUACCAAAUAAUCAUGGAGUUGAUAUAAAAAAUUUUGGUUGGCAUACGCCUUAUCUAUCGUCACCAUCUUUUAAUGCUUGUGACGCAUCAAAUUUUAGUAAUUCUUUACCUAAACCACUAGCACCAAAUACAAUUCUAAUCGUUUAUGAACACGAAUGUAAAAUAACAGAACAGGCAUGGAAUGUUGAAAAAUAUUUUGAACAACAAAUUUCCUUAAUGAUAAUAACGAAUCGAACAAAUACUCAUUAUGAAUUAACGUAUAAUAUAACAACAAUGCCUGUUACAAUUCCCGUGUUGAUUUUUUGGCAUAAUGAUUUUAUGAAACUCAAUAAUAAAUAUGGGCAUUUAACUGAUAUCGAAUUAUCCAUUGCUUUUCCACCCGAUAUAACGAAAAAAUUUCGCCCAAGUGUAUUACUAAUGUUCCUAUUGAUUUUAAUUAUUUUGCUUUUUGGUAAUUUUUGGGCAGCUGAUGAAUUUAAAAAUAAAGUUAAAGAUCAUAAUGAGAAUAUAGAUCAGGAAUUAUCCAAUAUUAAUGCAACACCAUUGACUAAUGGACGAGGAAUGUCACUGAUCAUCACUAGGAAAAAUUCGAUUGCACCAAAUGAAACAUCAGAAAAUAAUGAACCGGCAAUACUUCCUGUCACAUGUUGUGUUAUUAUACUUAUUAUAUGCUUUGCUGUUGGAUGGCUUUUAUUACUUUAUUAUUUUCCAAAAGUGAUGAUAUAUAUACUACAAGUUGUAUUUUGCAUCGGUGCAUUUUCAUCUUUAACAUCAUGUUUGGAUCGUUCAAGUUUUUUCGUACCGAUACUUCGUCAUUAUUCAACAUCUUCUCAUACAUGUCGUAAACCAUGUGUUUAUCAGGUAGAUCCAUUAAAUAUGUUUACAGUAUUUGCGAUGUCUAUUUCGUUAACCAUUGUAAUUAUUUGGUAUGUAUAUCGUCAAAGUGAGUGGGCAUGGAUUUUACAAAAUAUUCUUGGGGCAGCUAUUUGUAUGACAGUACUUUCGAUCUAUCGUCUGGGCAAUAUGCGUGCAAUUACAAUUAUACUGCUGGCAUUUUUUCUCUACGAUAUUUUCUUUGUGUUUAUCACACCAUACAUUCCAAUAUUUCAACAAUCAUCAAUACCAUCAAAUUCUAAUCAUACCAUUAUUCCAUCAUCGAACGGAUCAUUGUCAAGUAUUCACAUAAUAUCUCGAAAGCCAAAACGAAAUCGAUCCGUUAUGGAACAAGUCGCUUUAGGUAUUGGUACAAAUGGUGAAGUUGUACCACUAUUAUUUGCUUUACCUAUGUUUAUAUCUGAAAAUGAACUUGAUCCAUGUGUUCCAAUACAAAAAUCAAUGCUUGGUUUUGGCGAUAUCAUUUUACCAGGUAUUGUAUUAACAUUUUGUAAAAUAUUUGAUAUAGCUAGUAAUCAUCGUUGGCCAAUUUAUUAUACGCAAUCGAUUAUAUCUUAUUUUGUUGGUCUAUCUUUAACUCAUGUUGCACUUUAUCUAAUGAAUACAGCUCAACCAGCAUUACUUUAUCUUGUUCCUUGUUUACUUUUGUCAACUAUUCUAACUGGUUUAUGUCGUCGAGAAUUAAAAGAACUUUACACAGGCAAACGGAUUCAAGCAUUACUUGCUCGAAAACUAGAAAAUGGUGUUGACAAUUCAAUUGGACAACACAUAAAUGACGAAAUACCACAAAGGGAUAUUCUUAUUGGUAUCAACGAUAAGCCGACUGUUGAUCAGGAUUAA